AUGAGUAAGGCAGUGCAGGCAAUUAAUUGUUCUGAAGGGAGAAAGACAAAUUCUUUUUUACACACAGUACAACCCAUUACAUCUUCUAAGGUGUCAUUAGCUGAAAUUCGCUCCUUUGGUACAGAAGAUAGACCAACUGAUAGACCUAUACCACCUCGUGAUGAAGUCUUUGAGUAUAUUAUAUUCCGUGGCAGUGACAUUAAAGACCUGACUGUCUGUGAGCCACCAAAGCCUCAGUGUUCUUUGCCACAGGACCCUGCUAUUGUUCAAUCUUCAUUAGGAUCUUCGACUGCAUCUUCAUUCCAGAAUGUGGGGAACUAUGGUCCUUUUGGCAGAAUGCCUGCAUACAGUCAGUUUAGUCCAAGCCCGCUGGUGGGGCAGCAGUUUGGUGCUGUGGGAGUUGCAGGAGGUUCUUUAACAUCUUUUGGAACAGACUCUUCAGCCAGUGCUAGCAUGUCCCAAAGCACUACAGUUGGUUCUGCAUUUACAACAGAUGCAAGAUCACUAAAAACACAGAUGUCUCAAGGACGUUCAAGCCCUCAGAUGGAUCACUUGAGAAGGAGCCCCUCCAUGGAACAAGCAGUACAAACAGCUUCAGCCCACUUGCCUACUCCAGCACCAGUUGGGAGGAGGAGUCCUGUACCAGCCAGACCUUUGGUGUCUGCUAGCCAAAAAUCGUUAGAGAAUCAGGAGCACAGACGAGCUGAAGCACACAAGGUUUCAAGAUCAGAAAAUGAACUCAGAAAUGAAAACAAACGACAAAUUGUUCCAGGUGGACCUGCAGCACGGAGAGGCCGUGGAGGUCACAGAGGGGGUCGAGGAAGAUUUGGCAUUAGGAGGGAUGGUCCAAUGAAGUUUGAGAAGGACUUUGACUUUGAAAGUGCAAAUGCACAAUUCAACAAGGAGGAAAUUGAUAGAGAAUUUCAUAAUAAACUUAAACUAAAAGAAGAUAAACUUGAGAAACCAGAGAAGCCUGUAAAUGGAGAAGACAAAGGUGACUCAGGUGUUGAUACCCAAAAUAGUGAAGGGAAUGCGGAUGAGGAAGAUCCACUUGGCCCCAACUGCUACUAUGACAAAACCAAAUCUUUCUUUGAUAACAUCUCCUGUGAUGACAAUAGAGAACGGCGACCCACCUGGGCUGAGGAAAGAAGAUUAAACGCAGAGACCUUUGGGAUUCCACUGCGUCCUAAUCGCGGCCGUGGAGGGUACAGAGGCAGAGGGGGGAUUGGCUUCCGAGGUGGAAGAGGACGAGGAGGUGGAAGAGGUGGCUUCACUGCCCCCCGAGGAUUCCGUGGUGGAUUCAGAGGAGGUCGUGGAGGCAGGGAGUUCGCUGACUUUGAAUAUAGGAAAGACAACAAAGUUGCUGCAUAGUCUACAGGAAAGCUGAAACCAGGUGAACGUCUAGAUCUUCUUGAUCCAGAGAAUUAGUUUCAAUCUGCAAAGAAUGAAUUUAAUUUGCUGUAUACUUGUCACCAGCACUGGGAUUUAACUAUUUAAUUUCAAAGGGGUGUAAUGCAGUUACUUUUGAAAAAUGGCCAUCUUUGAAAACAGUAAGCAUUAAAUAUAUUUGAGACAGAAGGAUGAGUAAUUUCUUAUGUAUAGUUAAUUAUAAAGCAGUACUUCGAUGGAGUUUAAGUAUUUUUUCAUCACUGAAAGGAUUUUUCUUAUUACUAAACUGUAUUUGAUAAUUGCUUCAAGUUGUAAGGACAAUUGUAUGCAGAAGGCCGUCGAUACUGUGAGUGUUUUGACCCACUGAAGGUUGUUUUUUGGAAAUCCUGUAAUAUCCCUUUUGAGAUAGUUGUACUUUUAUCAACUAGGGUGCUGGACAGUAGGAAACUUGCUUUGUCACUCAAAUAUGUACACACAGUAAAUACUGUUUCUUAGGCAAAGGAACCUUUUUAUAUAGUUGUAAAAUUCCAUUAUAUCCCAUUGCCAAAGAAACAUCACAAACUUUGUAUAGCUGUAUAAAAAGCAACUAAUUUUUUAAAGAAUAAACAUUUUUAAGUCGGCAAA